AUGGAAAAUACUGAUGUUCAGCCAGAAAUACGAGAGUAUGAUAUUUUCAAACCAGAGAUCCUCACCCCUGAUUACUAUGCCGAUAUAUGCGAAGAUUACGACGACGUGAACGGUCGUGAGGACUGGGAUGAAUUGGAAUAUCUCUCAGGCGACCAUCCUUCGUACACGCGUGUGUAUAAGACGAUACGACGGACAUGUGCCGAGCAACAAGAGAUCAUAGAGGCAGGAAGAGAUUUGACUUUGAUAAGUCUUGCUUUAAAUCUUUUCUAUAACUUGAAAGAAUUGGCAUUGGUGUUUUGUGAAACAAAGGGCGGCGAGGACUAG